UCAUACCAAAAUAAAAACUUAGUUGGUCUUUAAGGUGCUACUGAAGGAAUUUUUUUAUUUUACUUUUUGCCUAUGUGCAUGAUCAGAUCAGGAAGCUGUAGUGGAAAAUGUGGAAGAAAAACCGAGGAGGUGUAAGUUUGGCUUCCUGUGAGUCCUUGCAGGAGCACUCCUGCCUUCAAGAGUGGCUCAGCUGGGGCUUGAUUGCCCUGAGUAGGAGCCCUAACUGCCACAGGUGGCGGCCAUGGAGAUAUCCUGCCUCACCUGGUUGAGGCAGGUAUAAAUACUGCAGGACAAUGGGGUCAGGAGGGAGAGGAUCAUGGACCAAACACUGCUGAGGCUUCCCACGGUUGGAUCUGGUGUUAUAUGUGGGUGAAGGUCUGGUGGGGGAAUUGUUACUUUGGAAAUUGUUCCUUUGGGGUUACUUCUUGGUGGUAGAGUGUUUUGUAUUACUGUGUAAGAAGGUUUAAGGAGGUUUAUUAUUGAAGGUUUAAGGUGGUUUACUGUUUGAGGAGUUUUGUUUUUGUUACUGUUUAAGGGGUUUUCCUGUUCUGUUCAAAUAAAAAUAUAUUUCCCCUCAUAUGUUGACUACCAAAGAUCCUUUGAAGAACCUGUAGAAUUAAUUGGCAAAACAAAAGCCAAUACUCAGGGUAGGCUAGAUGCCUUCCCCACCUAUUUCCAAGAUUCAUUGUCACUAAACAGUGUUAGAGUAAUAUGUGAAGCUGUGUCCAACUCCCCUUAGCAUCAUUAUAUUUUUGUUGUUCAAGCAACAGUAGUUGACUUCCUUUAAUUACGGAUUUGUUUUGGUGUGUCAAAUAUGCAUAUCAACAAUAAAGAAGAUAUAGGCUACCCUUAAAAAAAAUAAUCCACAUGUCUUGAGACGAUUUUUAUGAGAGACGAGUAAAAUAAAGAGCCCAUUAUCCUGCCACAGUUGAGAGCAAUAACUUUUUUUUUUGCAAGUUCAGCAGUUUUCCUCCCUGAAGGGAGAUAUGUAUUGUAAACACUGUGAACCAACUGUACACAAAUCCCCACACGGAGUUAAUGUGCUUUGUGCAGAGCAAGUGAAUACAUGUUGAGUCAACUGAAAGCUUUGGCUUCUGCAACUUUAUUUUUCUGUUCCUUUUCAGUUCUUGAAAAAUAGGCAAAUUGACACGCGCUCACUCAGUCACAAGGACUGAUAGAACAUCUUUUUAACCUUAGUGAGGAGCUUUGGAGCCCCUAUUUGUAGGAAUUUGAACAUGAAGAUGAUGGAAGUUUGUGGAAAUAUGCAGACCAGUUGUUCCCCAGCAACAACUACGGUAGCAUGUUGCAUCAUUUUCUGGCGUGACACAAUUAGCAAGGAAAGCUGUGGCUGGAACGUGGGCAAAGGACUGGGGACUUUGAAAUCGGGGCAGAUUGGAGGGGGAGAGGACAAUGCUGAUGCCCAGCAAAUGACUUGAAGAAGCUAGCAUAGCCUAAAGUAAACUGCAGUUGUUGAACAGAGCCCUUUUCGUUUUGCAAGCCUUUCCUCAACUGGGAAGGGUCCAGUUUUUGAGAAGGCUGGUCCCCCUUCUCUGUUGUUGUGGUGGUGCCGUGGUGGUGGUGAUGUUAUGGCCCUCCACCCAGCAGUAUCCCUAAGCGCCUAUUCUGUGGCAGGGAGGCAAGUCAUGCCAGACAGAGCCAGGCUUCGCAAGCGCUGCCAAGAGCGCUUUCUAAGAUUAUAUACGAACUUUAUUUGUAGAGUGGGAGGGGAGAGAGCUGGUAGCUGGCUCCAGGGCCUGUUGCUGCCUGCAGCUGGGAUAUUGUGCCUCUCAUUGUCAGCGCUAAAGAAAAACGCGGCGGCUUCUUUAUUAUUAUUUUUCUGCUUAAAGAGGGGGUUGAGAAGGGAGUCUUGGGAGAGCAGGCGCAGAUGAGGGUCGGGGUCGCUGUCGCCGUCAGGAACUCGCGGCCCGAGUCUGGGGGACGGGGCGUAAAUCCAUGGGCCGUUCUCCCCGGAGACCUUUCGUUUUCGCCCCCCUUUUGCCUGCCUGUGAGUCCCUCCGCUUCCCGGUCAUUGGCGGGCAGCCGCUAAAGGGGGCGGGCUCUACUUGGUUUGUUGUUUGUGCUGGGCCUGCCCGCCCACAGGGAGGCUUUUAAGCCUCGGCCUGCCAGCCUUGCUGAAGCGAAGCGGCGGUCGCGCGCUCUGAGCAGCAACAGCAGCUCCUCCUCCCUGUGAUCCGGGCUGGUAGGCAUGAAGCUGGCCGGCACAGCCAACCGGACCUCGGGCUUCUGCUGCAACCACUGCGGAAGCCAGCCGCGCCGCAAGGAACUUGGAAUUAGGAUCCCUAGACCACUGGGACAAGGACCAAGCAGAUUCAUCCCAGAGAUGGAGAUUAUCCAAGUGAGCGCUGAAGAUACCCACAUGCAUGCUUUGUUUGCAGAGUCUUUCACAACUUUAGGGCAUUUGGACAACAUUGCCUUGGUGAUGGUUUUCCACCCACAGUACCUGGAGAGCUUUUUAAAAACUCAGCAUUAUCUGUUGCAGAUGGAUGGCCCACUGCCUCUUCACUAUCGACACUACAUUGGUAUCAUGGCUGCAGCUAGGCACCAGUGCUCCUACCUGGUUAACAUCCAUGUCAAUUGCUUUCUUCAUGUUGGGGGAGACCCUAAGUGGUUGAAUGGUCUAGAGAAUGCACCUCAGAAACUGCAGAAUUUGGGUGAAUUGAAUAAAAUAUUGGCACACAGACCAUGGCUCAUUACCAAAGAACAUAUUGAACAACUUCUAAAGACUGAAGAACAUAGCUGGUCACUGGCAGAACUGAUCCAUGCUGUAGUUCUCCUUACACAUUAUCAUUCGCUUGCAUCCUUCACGUUUGGCUGUGGAAUCAACCCAGAAAUUCACUGUGAUGGUGGUCACACGUUCAGGCCGCCUUCUGUCAGUGGCUAUUGCAUUUGUGAUAUUGCAAAUGGAAAUCAUGGUGUGUAUGAGAAGCAGGGCCCAGCUGCAAAUAUUGCUACUACUGAGCCUUUCUGUGAAGUAGAAGCACUUAUGGAAAAACUGAAGCAACUACAGGAAUGCAGAGAUGAUGUUAAAGCCAGUCAAGAAGAAAAGGCCACUCGUUUUGAGAAGGAAAAGAGAGAAAGCAUGUUGGUGUGUUGCUCAGAAGAUGAAGAAUCUGUGCCAACAAGGGAUGUGUCUCGCCACUUUGAGGAUACUAGCUAUGGCUAUAAAGAUUUCUCCAGACAUGGAAUGCAAGUACCUACGUUCCAUGUUCAGGACUAUUCAUGGGAAGACCAUGGCUAUUCAUUGGUAAAUCGUCUCUAUCCAGAUGUGGGGCAGUUGAUAGAUGAGAAGUUUCAGAUUGCAUACAACCUGACUUACAACACAAUGGCCAUGCAUAAAGAUGUGGAUACCUCAAUGCUCAGGCGGGCAAUCUGGAAUUAUAUCCAUUGUAUGUUUGGAAUAAGAUAUGAUGACUAUGACUAUGGUGAAAUUAACCAGCUACUGGACCGCAGUUUUAAAAUUUACAUCAAAACUGUGGUGUGUGCUCCUGAGAAGACCACAAACAGAAUGUAUGAUAGCUUUUGGAGACAGUUCAAACACUCUGAGAAGGUUCACGUCAAUUUGCUUCUCAUAGAAGCGCGAAUGCAGGCUGAACUGCUGUAUGCUCUGAGAGCCAUUACUCGCUACAUGACCUGAAAUGUUUGGCUGGCUGGCUAACUAGGUUGGAAGGUGCAGCAGGUGCAGCAGGUGCUGCUUACUAGGAGAUGCUACCGAGCUUCGGAACCAGUGGUGGCUAAAAGCCAUGAGAUCGAUUGUGCCAUAACUUUCUUUUAGUUUCAGCUCCUUCCUUGGUGGAAUAUCGCUACUGGGCUUGGUGGACAAAAUUGUUCAGAGAGGCUCCUUGAUCACUACAGCCUGCUCUUGAUAGCACAGGAAACCAUGAUUUGUGGCAGCCAAGUAGUUAUCUACUUGCAACAAUACAAGAUUUGUGUAAUUAACAAAAUCUGGGGCAGGAGGAGAAUUUAAAAAGACUUCUGCUUUUGAUAUAAUAUUUUUUAAAGGAAAAUGUCUUGAUGCUGCUGUACUUGCUAGUGAAAUGAAGAGACUAGCAAUUCCAAUUAAGCUACAAAUGAAAUCUGAGCCUUAUAUGGUUAUUAGAGAAAGUCCAUGCUAAUGAUUUGAAACCGAACUGUAUUCACACUAACAGUUUUGAUUGUAACAGAAGUGUCUAGCUGUUUAGCUUAAAAAAAAAUAUGUUACUGGCCUGGACUUGUUCACAGUGGUUGUGUGGCUAAAUCAACAGUGUGAGAAAAGGAGUAAGACUUUUCAAAGCUGCUUAAGACUGCAACUAUGUGAAAUGCUGAAUGCUUGGUAACAAGGACAAACAUUCUCUUAUUUCUUAUUGUUCCUAGAAGUUAGCUAAGGUGUGGGGAAGUUAAUUCAGACUAUCAGGCAGCCUCUCAAUAUAUUUGCUUACCCAUGUCUAUGGUCCAUCACUUAGCUUAUGUAGUCAAGCAGGAAAAUAGCAUAACAAUAAAACCCUUAAGUUUGGCAUACAGCUGUUUCUGGAGAAUAUAUGGAUACUUUUAUAUGAGCAGCAUGAACUGCUAUAAAAUCUGUCAGUAUUACUGAAUUGUUUAAAUAAAACAAUUUUUGUUCUGUUCUUA